CCAGCAGGAGACCAACAGAGGCCUUAGCAACGCCCCAAGCCUCUGUGUUGCAGCAACAGGCCAGUAGGCAAGGUGGCACUGCACUUGGGCCAGACUUCCUUUUGCUUAUGGAGCAUGCGGCAGCCCCAGGCCCCAGGCCGGAGCCCCCACCCUGGGCCACUGAGAAUGUUCUGCGGCAGGCCGAGGACUGGACAACCAGCCUCAAGACAGAGCUUCCCUCAGAUCUACAACUGAGUGAGGAGCAGCGGCUGCAGAUCUCCAAGGAGUUGGUUGACCUGCAGAUCACAACGCAUCACUUGCGGGAGCAACACGAGGCUGAACUCUUCGAGCUGAAGAGUGAGGUCCUGCGGCUGGAGAGCCGGGUGCUGGAGCUGGAGCUGCAUGGAGAUUGUGCAGCCCCGGCAGAGGCUGACCUGGGGCGCCGCCAGAAGCUGGCACAGGGGCUUGGGCACAAGGCCCAGGAGCAGGUACACUCCAUCCACCACAGACCCCAGGUCACCCUAAGUGCAUGGAGGGCCUGCCUGGGUGGAUUGGGCGGCGGGGAGCCAAACAGGGGUGCACAGGGGCGCGGUGAGGUUGGGACCGGCUCUCCUAUACAGGCACAGCCUGAGGACUUCUUGACCCCUAAGACCGAACAACAGAAGCUGGGGAACAGUCUACAGGGAGAAUGGCAGCGAGUGCUGGAGCAGCACAGGGCCCAGAAGCAGGCACUGGAGACCCGCGUGGCAGAUCUGGGUCGGCGGCUGCAGGGAGCCCGAGAGGAGGCCAGGAUAGCUGGGCAGCGACUGGCCACACAAGCCAUGGUAUUGUCUGCCUCCCAGGGCCAGCUCCGCCAGGCUGAGGCGGAGAACGCCCAGCUGCAGCUGCAGCUCAAGAAGCUGAACCAAGAGUAUGCCAUCCAGCUGCAGCGAUGUGCCCAAACCGUGGCCGAGUCUGCAAAGCGCACCGGCCAGGUGCCGGAAGCGGCAGCCCUUAGGACGUUCCUGGAGACCACUCUGGAGGACAUCCGGGCAGCACACCGCAGCCGUGAACAGCAGUUGGCCCGGGCUGCUCGCGCCUACCGCAAGCGCCUGGCAGAUCUGAGCCGUAGACAUGAGGAGCUGCUGGCCAACCACAGUGUGCAGCAGGUGCCGGCAGACCCCAGUGGGGCACCCUGGACCCCCAAGGCUACCUUUGAUGCAGCCACCUCAGACGUGGAGCCACUGCCUCUGCACCUGGUCACCAAACUCAGUCACCUACCAGAGAAGCAGGCCAGGCUGGAGACGAAGCUUUGGAAGCUCCAGGCCCAGCCUUUCCAGUCCAAUGGGCUCAUGACGCUCCUCUUGUUCCUACAGAAGGGACCCAGUGGAGCCUCCCAGGGGAGCACAUCAGAGCCACAGGGCCAGGAACCUGCCUCCUGGGCCCAGAUCCACCAGAAGCUCCAGGACUUCUCCCGUGGCACCCAGGCAGAGCUGGAACGUGAGCGGGCAAAGCUACUAGUCCGGGCCACGAUGGCUGAGGAGCAACUCUCUGAGCUACAGGACUAUGUGGACCAGCACUUAGGCAGGUACAAACAAGAGAUCCUGAGGCUGAGGAAGCUAAUGGGUACAGAGGAUGCCUGCAAAGUGGGGGCCACCCCUCCAGUCAAGCCCCAGCACUCCAAGACCCGCAGCCGCUAGCCAGCUGUCAAAUGCACUCAGCAGAACUCUUCGCAGCCGGCAUGGAACCCUCCUCACGGCACCCCCUUGCGGGCAGGGGUCAUGCCACCCAACCCUCCACCUAACAAGAGUCAGUACGUGUA